AUGGCGCCUCCUAAUGGAAAAAGCACCGAUGCAGAAGUUGUGAAAGAGGUCAAGGUCGAAGCUGUUGAGAAUGGAGAUGUUGCUGAUGAGAAAGCUGGGUUAGCUGGUGAGGGAGCUGCUGAAAAGGGUGAGAGUGUUGCUGAGAAAGGUGGAGAUGCUGCGAAGGAAGCUGUUGGGAAGAGUGAAGCUGCUGCUGAAGAUCCCGGUGUAGAUGCUGCGAAGAGUGAAAGUGUCCCUGAGGAAGGUGAAAAGGAGGCUGAGAAAAGUGAAGUUGCUGAUGUGAAAAGUGCUGUUGAAGAUGUACGGAAAGACAGUGAAGAGAAGUGUGAUGUUGAAAAGGGCGAAGCUAAUGGAGCCGAAGAACACAAGGGAGAGAAGAAAGAAGAUGCCAAGAAAGAGGAGAAAGAAGCCAAGAAACAGGAGAAAGUUGAAGACAAGAAAGAAGAAGGUGAUGUUGCUGAAGAGCCAGAAGGGCGUGAUCCAGUCCUCGCAAAGGAGGAGGAGGAGCAAGGGCCAGCCACCGACGGCCCUUCGCCCUCGAACGGCAAGGGCGACGACGAGGACGAGAGUGACUCCCCGACCAAGCAAGGCGCCCCCGAGAACCAAAGCGACGCGACCAAGAACGGGGACGACGCGCCCGACGCCGCCAAGGCCCCCGACAGCGACUCCGACGACGCCGCCAGCGCCCAGGGGGACAGCAGCGGCUACGAGGACGUCCGCACCAGCGACUCCGACGACGCGGAGAAGCCGGGCGCCGCGAAGACGAAGGCCAAGCCGACGCACCCGAAGUACCGCGAGAUGAUCGCCGCGGCGCUGAAGGCCCUCAAGGAGCGCACCGGCUCCUCGCGCCAGGCCAUCCUCAAGUACAUCCUGACCAAGUACGAGCUGUCCGACGAGAAGGUCGCGGGCGUGCAGCUGAGGCUCGCCCUGAGGAAGGGGCUGGAGCUGGGCAUCCUGGAGCAGGUCAAGGGCACGGGGGCGUCGGGCUCGUUCAAGCUGGCCAAAGGCGACGCCGCCAGGAAGUCCCCCGUCAAGAGGGAAGCGCCCAAGGAGUCCAAGGAGGAGGCGAGCGAGAGGAAGAUGGCGCUCAAGUCGGCGGCCAAGAAGAUGGGGGUCAAAUCGGCCGUCAAGAAGACCUCGAUAGCCAAGAGGACGUCGGCGGUCAAGAGCGCAGCCGCCAAGACCACCAGGACGACCAAGAGGAAGCCAGCUGCGGCGACGAAGACCACAGCCAAGGCAACCGCAGCAAAGAAAGUCACAACCACGAAGAAAGCCGCUGCUCCGACGGCGAAGAAGGCUCCGGCAGCCAAGACAGCGGCGAAGAAGGCAGCCCCGGCGACGAAGGCGAAGAAGAAGGCGACCCCGGUCAAGAAGGUCACGGCUGCCAAGACGGCGACGAAGAAAACGACGCCCGCUAAGAACAUCGCAAAGAAAACCACAAAGAAAGCAAACAAGUGAACUACCGCCAAAAAAGAACAAACCCGGCAACCAACAACAAUAACAACCUUCCAAAGCCUGUUGAUUCUUGCAAUUCCGACGAAAACUUAUAUUGCUGAUGUUUUUUAUGUACUAUCUUGUCUUCCUUUCUGUAUAUAUGAAUAAAACUUUAUAUCCUCAA